AUGCCAUUAUUUAUUGACUAUCUAGUUGACAUAGGUGUUAUCGUUAAUAAAUAUUCGAUCUAAACCAAUAACAUUUUAUUCUCCCUUUCUGAUUAUUUAAAGAAUCUAUCAGCUUCAGAUUCUUUUGAUAUGGCAUUAAGAUUAUAUGAUGGUUGGAAAUUAGAAUAAACUAAAAAAAAGAAUCCUGGAAAUUUAUUAGAAAUUAUUAAUAAAAUAGCACUUCGUUAACCAUUUAAAUUAUUACAAUAAUCUUAAAAAAGAAAUAAAAUACAAUUCAGUCCAAAUAAAAUUGAAAAUUCGUAAAAAUCUCCAUGUAACAAAUAAUAAUCAUAUUAAUCACCAAUUAAUAAAAAGUCAUUUAAUUACAUGGGUUUAAAUGAUACUUGUGAGAGACUUUAUAUGGAAGGAAUUGUUUAGAAAGUGAAAAAGUAUAAAUAUAAUAACUGAAAUAGAGAAUAAUAUGAAUAAGAAAAAUAACAAUUAGAAUUAAAGGAUUGUACAUUCAAACCAUAAGUUAAUGUUGAGAAUAUUAGAAAUAAAGAAAUUGAAGUUUUUGAUAGACUCUAUAGAACUUAAUUAGUUAGUAAGAAUGACUUUUCAGAAAUUAAACAAAAAUAAGAAAUUAGUUAAUGCACUUUUACUCCAUCUAUUAAUAAACAAGAAUAAAUAUCUAACUUCUUACCUCUUGAUAAUAAGUAAUUAAAAUAUAUUAAUUUAAUUUAAAGAUAAACAGCUUAAACUCAAAUUUUUGAUAGAUUAUUUUAGGAAUCAAUCUAAAGAAGUAAUUUAAAAUCAAGUUAUGCUCCUUAUCGAGAAUAAAAAUAAUUAUAGGAGUGCACAUUUAAACCUUAGAUUUCUAAUAGAUAAUUAAAUAGAAGUGGAGAUGAUAGUAUAUAUAUAUACUAUUUACUAGUCUUUAAAAGAUUACAUAAUGAAUCUGUGGAAAAAUAAUAAAUUUAAGCUUUUCAAAAACUUGAUAAAGAGAGUAAAGAACUUGAAUAGUGUACAUUCAAACCCAAAAUUAAUACUAAUUGUAAUUUUUCUCCUAAUGUCUAACCUGCUUUUGAUCGUUUAUACAUGUUAUCAACUAAAUCAAAAAAAACUCUUUUUGAUGAUAGUCAAUAAAAACCAACCAUUAAUAAGACUAAGGAUUAGUCAUCUAUUUAAAACAAUGAAUCUUUAUUUGAAAGAAUGAAAAGUCAUGUAGAUAAAAAGAAAAGAAAUAUCUACUAAAUAAAAUAAGAAGUUGACAAAGAAUUAACAUUUAAACCCAAUAUUAAUGUUAGAUCAUAAAAUAAUAUACAAAGCAAAUAAAGUUACAAACAUUAAUCUAUUUUUUCUGUUAAAUCAGAACCAAAACUAAAACCUACUGCAAAUACUUUAUCGACAUAUGUAUAUAACACAAGAAAGUCUCAAUAAGAUAAAGAGAAUAGUAAUUUAUCGAUGUAUUGUGAAACUGCAUAUUUUUAAGAGGAUCAAAAAUUAAAGCCCAAUAUUUUAGAUUUUAAAUAGUGA